GUGCCCAAACUUAAUAUUGAUCCCGAAAUCCCUGAAAGUGAUUAUAUGGAAAUUGACCGGGAAACUACUCAGUAUAUUGAAAAUAUGACUGACGCUGAAAUAACUGAAGCUAGAGAAAUGUUAUUAAAAUCUCUGAAACCAGGGUUCACUGAAAAGUUAAUGAAAGGGAAAACUUUAGCUCAAAGGUUAAAUGAGACAUCAAGUUAUCAACCUUUAAAUCGUCAAGAUCAAAGUCCUAAAACAUUAGAAAAUGAUGAAUCAAUGUUACUUGAAAUGAAGGAAAAAUUCUAUUCUGAUACUCCCAUCGAAUAUGAAAAAUUAGAAUGGAUGGGCGUUAACUUCAAAAAUGAUAAAACACUGUCUUCUUAUAAACCUCAAAAUGAAAAGUAUGAUGAUCCUUGCGUUACAACUCCGUUAGAUCCUCCUGAAGCAUCGUAUAGAUUCGAUUUCAAUGGAAAGAUAAUAGAUAAGGACUCUGAUGUUCCCUCGCAUAUAGGCCUUCAUCAUCACGGUGCCGAGCCUGAUCAAGCUGGUUACACGAUGGGUGAAUUGCUUUAUCUAACGAGAAGUAUGGUUCCAAGUCAAAGAACUAUUCCUUUAAAUAUCAUUGGAAGAAUAAUAAGGAAAGUCAGAGUAGGUUAUUAUGGUAUUGAAACUGGAAGAAAAAUUAUAGAUUGGGCAAUUAAAUUAAAGCUUCCAACUUAUCUACGAAUGGCAUUAGAUGAUAAAUUUGAGACUGUAAUUAUAGCUGCUGUCGAUGUUAUAUCUGCUUGGAUUAUUGGCGGAUCGAAUGAAUUUUAUCAAGAAGAGAAACUCUGGGAGAAAGCUAAUAGAUUAUAUCGUGGAUACGAAUUUCCUUCUCUUAGAGGAAAAGAUGAUGCACAAACAAAAAAUUAUUUUGGAAUUGGGAUCAAUGCGUAUGAAAUUGGUGAGGGUGAAUAUGAUACAACGGAAAAUCAUAUUAAACUUGCGUCAAAAGAUUUAAUUGCGGGGCUUAUUUCGAUGGAUAUCACUCACAGACUACUAUAUCUUUUGGAAACUGUAAGACUUCCUUACGUCACAAGUGAACAAAUUUUGCUUAUGCUUGUUCGCUUUGCACGUCAUUCACGAAAAACUGCCAAAAUUAUAUUUGAAUGUCAUAGGUUGUUAGAUGUCGUUCAUGAAAAGUUUUUAUGUUUGGCUUGGCCACCUGUGGAUAACAAUGAUAGUUCUUCAAAUGAUUCAAAAUAUCCGAACUUGACUGCUGCUAAACUCAUUCAUAUAUUGUGUCAAUCCUCAAAAAAAAUCAGUAAAGAAAUUAUAAACAAAUAUAUGAAUACAUUUUUGAGAUAUAUUACAAUCAAUCCUGCAUCAUUUUCUAAUGAACUUGAAGUGAAUGUUGGAUAUAACUUUUUUCUUGAAACACUGCGCAUUUACCAAACUCUCGCUGCAUAUGGACUUUAUCAUGAAAUAUUUUCACAAACAUACUGUAUUGUAAAUUGGUAUUUAGUUAGAGAAAUAUUAUAUUCUCUCACUCCUCCAUGGGAAUGGAAAAAUGUUGAUAAUUAUCAAAUGAGACAAAAGCUGGGAAUAGCAACAUCUUUCUUCAGACUUUUGGAAAUUUGGAUUCGUGUCCAAAACUCUGAAUCAGGUAAUAUUAAAGAAUAUGGUGCACAGCCGAGCGAGAUUAUAAGAGAUUCUGUUGAUUUCUUAGCAAACUGGAUGAUUACGUUUUCAUCCUCUCUUUUAUCGCAAAAUAUGGACAUUCGGGAAGAUUAUGAAAAGGCCUUAAAUUUAAUGUCGAGUAUUACAAGAUAUAUUUCCGCGUGGUGUAAAUAUUUAGGCGAGCAUCAAUUAAAAGAUACUAGUGAAAUAUUGAGAACUUGGGAAAAAUUGAACCUUGCAUAUUGGCCUUCGUCUAAUCUUUGCAAUUAUUUACGAGAUCAAUUAACUAAUCAGAUACAAAAAAUGGAAAAGAUAUCAAGAGAUGAUAUUUGGCAGAUAUCAAAUUUAUCGG